AUGAGGGUUGCGGAGUUGGUUCAACAGCCCGGUCGUGACCAUCUUCCGUAUCUCACUCCGUAUCCACAUGGACGGGGUCAAACAUGGUUCAACCGAUCCGGGAACGGGAUCAGCGCAUGGAUCAACCGUAUGAUGUACUCGGCCCUCGACAGUGGACAUCCGACUUUCACUCACUUCCCAACCGACAAGCAGGUUCUGUGGUUUCGUCAGUUUGCGCAAGAGUUCAACUGGAAUUCCGAUGAGACGCUCUUUAUCUAUCACCACUUCGUCCAUAAAGUAAUGGACAACUAUGGGAAGCAGAUCCACGAGUGGAAGAAGAAGUGGGAAAUCAAUAAGGUCCCAAAGUCGAUGAACGAUACGGUCUGGAAGGAGUUGUGUGCGCAUUGGGAUAAGGAGGAGACGAAAGAAACUUCUUCCACCAACUCCACCAACCGCAGGAGCGACCGUAAAGGGAAGGGCAUCUACAAGCAUAACUUGGGUGCUCAAUCUAUUGCCACUCUCGGAGAUCGCAUGGCGGAAGAAAAUGAUGGCGAGCCGGUCGAUGAUCUCGCCCUAAUGAGGAGGGCGUAUACCAACAAGAAGACCGGCCAGAUUGAUGACGGUCUUGUGAGGGACGUGGUCGACCUGGUCCAAACUCAGGUGGUAGACGAAGUGUCUCAGCUUCAAACCGAGGAUGACGCUUCGACGGCUUCGACCAACUUGUCCCGGUUUCGAAUCAACGAAAUCGUUGAAUCCUCGGUUCCAAAGAAGAAGGGACGUUUGUUCGGUUUGGGUCGUCGCACCCGGUCGGUUCCUCCUUCUUCUGCACCACCGCCCUUUGUUGAUCCAGAAGUACUUACGGCUCAGUUGAAGGACAAAGAUGAUCGAAUAUCUUUGUUGGAGACCCAGAUGGCGGCUCAACAGGCGGGCUAUGAGGCACAGAGGAGGCUGAACCAGCAAAUGAUGGAGAUGAUGCAGAGGAUGUACCCGAACGAGGUGUUCCCGGACGUGCCAGACCCGGACAACUCCCUCGGAAAAUUCCGAGGAACGGAUCCCUCGGAAUAUACCGAGGGAACAGUUCCUCGGAAUAAACCGAGGAAAAAGUCCGUCGGUAUACUCCUAUCGAUCGAUGUAUAUAUGUCCAAACACGCAUCGAUCGAUGAACUUCCGAGGAAUUAUCCCGACGAAGUUCUACCUCGGUAUAUUCCGAGGACUUUUCCGACAAACAAGGGAUCCUCGGAAUUUCCUCGGAAAUUUAUUUCCUCGGAAUUCCGUCGAAAAAUUCCGAGGGAUUUCAGAGGAAAAAAGAAAUUCCGAGGAAUUAUUUCUGACGACGUAUUUCGUCGGAAUUGCGUCGGAAUAACGAUAUUCCGACGAAAUUCCGACGAUUUUUUCCCUCAGAAUCCUUGAUGUUUUCUUGUAGUGUAUAAUACGUAGCAUCGCUAGUACAGUUUGUCUCUGUACCCCCGCCCUCUCAAGUAGCGUCCAUGGUACAAACAUCUCUGCACCACACGCCCGCAUAAGUAGCAUUGCAAGUCCAGACGUCUCUGAACCCCUGCCCGCACAAUCAAAGUAGCGUCGCUAGCCCAUACAUCUCUGAGCCCCCGCCCGCGCACAUAGUCCCUACUCAUACAUAUAU